AUGAUCAACAACGCCCUCCGAAGCCUCGUAUACUCUGUCACCGAAGAAGCGCUCGACGACGUUCACGAGCACAACUUUGCCAUGGCUACCCAAGCGCAGCAGAUCGAUCCUUACGAGUGGCACUACACAGGCAAGGAUGUGUGGAAGCGCACCUGCCUGGGCCACGAAGCGGCUGCUUCGUUCAACCAGAACAUCGCCCACGGUCACACGGAGCUCUCGCCCUACGCAAGCUUGCGCAUCCACCAUCCUAGCUCGUCACACAUUGCUGGCACCGAGCUCGAGCUGGACGAGCUGGUAGCACGCACAAGACAGGCAUGGAUCCAAACACGAUACCUGCGACCAGAGGUGGCGGUCGAGCUGGACCGACACACGGAUGCAACCCAGCCCCAGACCAUGUCGUACACCGUGUUGCGCGACGAGGAGUCGUUGCAGCAGUGGCUCGACGAGACCUUGGUGGUCAAGCGCCUGGGCUACCCCGAGGUAGAGACCAUGGAAGAGCUGGCUUCGUACACCUACAAUCGACCUCUGCCGACCAAGGGCAAGAAAGCGAUGCUGUACCUGGCGCUUCCCAAGCUUGGGGACACCGACCGCAGCGCUCAUCUUAUCAUGAACAUCUCUCAUGCUGUCACGGACGGAGGAAGCAUCUUUGAUUGCUUUAACGUAUUGCUACAGUGCAUGAUCGAUGCUACCCCCUCGGCACCGUACGACGCCACCUACACGCCAAGCACCUUCGAGCUCAACGUGCUGCCGCGCCUGCCACGCAGCAUCGUGUCGGCUUAUCGACAGCAGCACAAGCCCAAGACCGAGGAUGUUGCAGCGGCCACCAAGGCAUGCACGGACAACAUGCGCCUUAUCUCGGACAAGAUGAACCAAUCGCUGGCGUUGCUGCCAGCAUCCAAGUGGACCGAGCGCAAACACGAGACCGUCUGCCUCACCAAGGUGUUGGAGCCCGAGCAGACACGCGAUCUGUUCAAGUUUGCCAAGCUGCAGCACACGGGGAUCACGUACCUUGCAUCGGCUGCCACGAUUCUGGCGACUGCCGAGACGUAUCCGGAGCGCAAAGCUUCGAGCCAAGGCGCGUUGAUGGGCAUGGUACGCAACGGUCGACGAUGGGUGUCGAGCGCAUCGAUCCCGCUCGGCUCGGACGCCGUGUUUCUGUGGAUUCCUGUUAACACGCACGUUUCGCUGGAGCCGAGUUACAAUCGACUGACGGACCUCGUCUCUACCGCACGCCAGAUCCGCAGCGAGCUCGACAAGCACUUGACCACGGCGCACUGCAUCUCUUCGUUCCCCACGGUAGCCGAUGCGUCGAUCGGAGGGCUGCAGCAGCAGUGGUCCGAAAUCCACUCUGCGCACGCCCGCUCUUCUUCGAGCCAAAAGAAGCUCGACAGUAUCAUUGGAGCUCAAGCACCUGGCUUUUCCAGCGUGGGUGUGAGCUCGGUGGCCGCGCGUUUCCAGCCGAUUUCGGCCAGCGCCCGUGCCUCGGGACUGUGGCUGGAGCGUUGGGACUUUGGACACACGGGUCGCCAGGUCAACGCCUCGCCCUGGAUCAGCAUGCUCAGCACCGACGGCAAGAUCAAGCUGCAGCUGGGCUUCGACGCCAAGUUCCACGAAGUGGAAAAGAUGCACGAGUGGCUGGACCGUACGUUUGCCUGGAUGCAGAUCUGCGCCGCCGCCGCUUCUCUUACCGCCACCACAGUCCCGCCGUCGCCUGCUACUUCUGCGUCGCUCAACGCACCUGUUGCUGCUCGACUCUAA